AGACAAGGGGUGGGGGCCAUGAGGACCAAGCUUAACGGGUGCCUGCCGGCUUGUCUUUGAUUUGAUGGCCUUUAUUCCUUCUAAUUGGAUAAAAUAGGAAGUCACUGGCAGUCCUGUGUUGCUGGGGAUCCUGAUUUUCCUCAGCCCAGCCAGCAGCUCUAGAGUGCAGCUAGAGGAGGGUGGGGGCUGGGAGAGGAGGGAGGAAAAAGAAAGAGACUGAGAGAGGGAGAGGACGUCUUUGAAAGAGGAGGGGAAAGGAAGAGCAAGGGACUAUGAAGACAGGGAGAGCCGCAGGGGAAGAAAGUGAAUGAGCGCUCAAGAAGCACAAAGAGGAGUGGUUGGGGGUGAGGGCGGAGGCAGGGCGGGGAGGGGAGUCGCCGCCCCUCCUGGCCGCACUCUUCCCUUCGGGUCCCUCUGCGAUGAUGCUGCUUGCAGUGAUGCUCCGAGGGCAGGCACCUGCUGCUCUGUAAUGAUUCAGCCCCGCUCCGCCGUCGCAUUAACACUACAGGAUGCUGUUGCUACUGUCACUGCUGCCUCUCCUGCCGCCGCCGCUGCUGCCGCCACCGCCGCCAGCGCUGGUCCUGCUUUUGCUCCUACUUCUCCUGCAUGACAGUUGUUUUCUCCAUCUAAGCAGAUACCAGCUUCAGAUGCUCGAGGUGAGGAACAUGCCUUUCAGUUUGGGCUACUGGUUUACUUAAUC